GCGCAGUUUCGACCUACAACGGUACGGUCGUCACCUCGAUAAGUGACAUAACCUGGCGAUUGGUUGGUUUCUUCCUGGGUAACAUGCUGUAAAUGAUCUUUUGCUGAGCGUCUCUGGGCUAAGUGAAAUCUGAUUACAAAUGGAUGAAAUUAAUAGGAGUCUAGUAAAUAUAUCAACAAAUGAUAAUAAAGAACUAUCUGCCGUGUGGAUAAGACAAUUAAUUUCAAAGCUUAAUAUUUCUCCAGACAUUCGAAACGAACCCUUAUUUGAAAAAGCUGUCAAUGAGUUAGCGUCUUCAAAUCUCGAAAACUUGUCUUCCUCAGUGUAUCAGUUACGGACCGUUCGCGAUGUUCUAAAAAACAAGAUUAAGUCAUUGGCUGCAGAAAAUUAUCACAUUUUUAUAGAUACCAAAGAUGCAAGUCAGAAUAUCUUGGAGAAGACUUCAGAAAUGUCAACCGCCAAUCAAGCUUUUCUAUCACAAAUUACUGAGUUUACACAAUGCUGUAGUGAUAUCUUAUUAAAGACUCGCUCCAUUGAAGCCUCUCUUAAAAAGAAUAGAAGUGCCUUAGAAAAUCACACACAGUUACUAGAAAUAAUUGAACUUCCACAGCUAAUGCAAACUUGUGUGCAUAAUGGUCAUUACGAUGACGCAAUAUCUAUUUUUGCUUAUACUAAGACGUUGUUCAGUAAAUAUGGGUCAAGGUACUCUGUUUUACGUAUGAUUUAUUCGCAAGUGUCUGCUGUUGCUUCACAGUUUGUUCAUCAGUUGUAUAACCAGUUGAGAGCACCUCUAUCUCUUUCUUCGUGUAUCAAGACCGUCGUAUUUCUUCGUAGAACAGGACUAUUGAGUGAACAAGAAUUACGGUUGAAAUUUCUCCAGACACGGACAAAUUGUCUUAAGAGUCAAAUCAACUCAUCUUUAUUGGCAUGUACACCAAAGGAGUUAGCUGGAGUAGAUAGGCGGGAAAAGCUGUCAGGAUUUCUCCCUUUUAAAGAGUCUCAUGAUAAGUCUUAUUGGGUGGCUACACGACGUAUUGAAGUGACGCGCGUACAUCUAUUUGACAUAGUCACACAGUAUCGAGCGGUAUUUCCUGACGAAGAUGGUAUUCUUCCACAAGGAGUGAAAAUUCAAGGAAAGUCACUACUGUCUAAAUACUCGGGGAAUCCAACUUACUCAAUUAAUUUAUUAAAGGGAUCUAAAGAUAUGGAUUAUUAUGAAUCCAGUCCAAAUUUGUUACAUGCUUGGUUGGUUAAUCAAGUGGCAGAAUUUCUUAACAAUCUCUGUAGUGACCUCCAAACUAUGAUGUAUCAACCUAAAUGUACUCCACAGGAGCUGACAGAUCGUUUGUUAAGAGCUACUGCAACAGACUCUAACAAUUACAAAAAUAAAUCAUUAAGAAAUAUUUAUUUAGAGACGUUAUUCACUCAGGUGCAGUCAUUAAUAUCACAAUCAAUGUACUUUGGACGAUCAUUUCAUCGGAUAGGCUGUGAUUUCAGACCACAUUUGGCUAACCUUUUUUGUUACCAAAUUGAAUCAUUUAUCAGGAAUUAUAUUGACAAUAUUGUAUCGGAGUUUAAAUUUGCACUUGCUAAUUUUAUUUGGCGAAUUCCAUCUGAUGAAAGUGUUCAGAUUAAUGGAACAACUCAUGAAGAAGUAAAUAACAGUGAAUUGAAUUCUUUUACAAAACUGACUAAUAUACUACUAGAAUUCCCUCCACUAAUACUGCUUUACAAUCAUUUUGUUGAAUUAUUUCAUGGAUUAAAUAUCUGUUGUCCAACUGGUUUGAAAAACAGAAUUAUUAUUAUUGUAUCAAAUGGUUUACAUGCUUGUUCAUUAUCUAUAACAGAAAUUUAUGAUCAGUUAAAAGAACAACAAGUUGAUAAUUGGUUAAAUAAUGAUGUUUAUUAUUUAGCUAAUGCAUUUUGUACAUCAUUAACUUAUUGUAUUUUGGCAAAUUUAAUUAAUUAUUUAUUUGUUGAAGAGAUUGAUAAUAAUGUUCAAAUACCAGAUUGUAAAAAUAAUAAUAAUAAUAAUAAUAAUAAUCCUAUGUUCUUACAUCGUCCACUUUUAUCAAGUUUAUGUCAAAUAAUAUGUAAACCUAUUUAUAUAAAAUGGUCAAAUUUACAACCAUCAAUAUCAUCAAUUGAAUCUGUAUUAUUAAAUAAUAAUUCUGAUCACAAUCUUAAUCUUAUUUCAUUAACAAAUAAUGAGAAGGUAUCACUAGAUUCUGUUGUGAAUAAUACUUUAAAGGUUGUUACAAUGUCAUUAGAUGAACAAGUCAGUAUAAGUGAUACAACCAAUAAUAAUCAUAUUGAAAUUGAUACAAUAAAUAGUUUAUCAUAGUGUGUAUAAUACUUAUUCUCUUUUUUCAAUUUUAUUACAUUCUACUAUUGUUAUUUGUGUACACUUAAUUUAUUUUUGUAUAUUUUAAAUUAUUCUUAUCUGUAUUCAUUCUACGCUCAAUUUUGUUUAUGAGUUCGUUGUUUUGGAUUGUAUUAACUGUG